AUGAUACGCACAGACGGUGAAAAGGGUGCUGUGAAAAAUGCCAUUGUUGUCAAGAAUUGUUUUUUCCUCCUCGAGAAGCCAUUCAGAAGCAUUUUCUCGGAUUUUCAGACGUUCACUGUAAUUCUGUGGAGGGGAUUUAAUAUCGAUUAUCGAGAUCAUGUUUUUUCGCAUAUAGGGUCGGUUUGGUUGUUUUAUUUUGUAAUGGGGCUGCAUCCUGAUAUGCUUAUUCGGUAUGAUGGAUCCAGAAAAUUCUCGUCAUCAAUCUUCACUAGACCUGCUGGCCCCGUCUGUACAUACAGUCAUCCAUCAACAGAACAGACAAUGAUGAGAAGUCCCGAGGGUCUGAAUUUUUUGAUGAAGGCCUCAUGGCUGCUGAAGGGGUUUCUGGUGUAUGGUCCAUCGAAAAGAAACUAUUCAUCUGGUACAAAGUUCACGGGAUCUCAAACCAAGAGUCCUAUUUCACUAACUGAGGAAGCUUUGACCUCUUCCCCUUGGAGACAUUUUCUGAUUCCUGGCGCUGUUCUAGCUGGAUUUGGUGGGUUGGUAUUUUUCAUUCAUCAAAAUGAUGAGAAGAGAGCUGUGGAAAAAGGUAAGGGUGAAAAGUUCGAAAGAAGUGCCAUUCAGGGACCAAUAAUCGGUGGCCCCUUUAGUCUAGUAGACACAGAAGGUCGUCUUGUAACUGAAAAGAAUCUGUUGGGAAACUGGGUUCUUUUAUACUUCGGUUAUACGUCAUCUCCUGAUGUUGGGCCCGCAGAAGUUCAAAAGAUGGCCAAUACUAUAAAUAUCUUAGAGUCGAAACAGAAUAUCAAGGUUUUACCCAUAUUUGUCACGAUCGACCCUCAGAGGGACAACCCAUCACACCUUCGUGCAUAUAUUAAAGAGUUCAACUCGAGAAUAAUGGGGUUAACUGGGCCAGUAUCUGCUGUAAGGCAGAUGGCACAAGAGUACAGAGUCUACUUCAGAAAAGUCGAUGAAGAAGGAGAUGAUUAUCUCGUCGAGUCCUCCCACAACAUGUACUUGAUGAACCCGAACAUGGAGGUGACUAGGUCCUUUGGCAUUGAAUAUAAUGCAGAGGAAUUGGCCGAUGCUAUAACUAAAGAGAUGACGAAAGCUAAUGUUACCAUCACACGGGAUUAGUAUGUUUUGACAUAUGUUUACUUGGUGUUGAGUGCCUUCAUUUUAGAAACUCGGUUAAGAAAUUCUUGGCCUUUCUCGCUAUUUGACGACGUUAAUGAUUAUUCCAUGCAAUCGAAUGCUUGGUUUGUUAUAUUACAUCGCUUUUUGAUAGCAAGUCACUGAGUUUUGGUUGGCUCCUUGUGCCGGGUGUGCACGUGCGUAUAGUUGGUCCUUGGAGCUUAUAAAAUAUGAAAUCAAAAAUGAAGGAAGCAAAGUGUUUGGUUUUGUUUUACAUGUAUCUACUUGAGUGAAUACAGCCUAUUUCGGCUAUUGGGGAAAAAGCAGUAUACUUCUAAUGUCGAGUUAGGAUUGACUAGGACAGAACUAAAGCAUUG